ACCAUCAACUUCAACAGAAUCCUUACCCACCAGUCGACCUAGGGCAUCUAGUACGGGUAAAAUGGACUAUCAUGCUCGAAUGGGACUGUCUUCAUUAUGGAAAAUGCAAUUGGAUACCUUACAUGAUGAUUUAGCCGAUUCUCCUUCUGCAGAACCUUCGCUUUCUUUGGGUGAUUCUGAGUUAUUAGCCAAUAUGCUUCAUCAUAAUCCUGGCUAUCAAGCAGAUAUAGAGAGUAAUCAAGCCAACAGUUUUAUUCCUAUUCCAACUAGAUCUGUAUCUACAUCAACCAUGGCUAAUUCUCAGCUAAAUGUGUCUCGCUCGUUAUGGAUUGGAAAUAUGGAUGGCUCAAUCACCAUGGACGAUUUGACUAGCUUAUUUUCUUUCUAUGGUCCUAUUGAAAGCAUACGUUUAUUGUUAGAAAAAGAAUGCGCCUUUAUUAAUUUCUUUCAUGUUGAAGACGCUGUUCGUGCUAAAGAAGAUGUCUUGACUAAUUUAGGGGGAAGAAUAGGGUCUUGUAUCAUCCGUAUUGGGUAUGGAAGAGCAGAAAAUACAUUGACUCCUUUUUCUAUGCAUUCACCAGCAACAACGCUUAUAGAACAACCUGUUGUCUCUCAACCUACUCGAGCUCUUUGGCUAGGCAACUUACCUUCAGGUGCUACACAAUCUGUUUUACAGAACAUCUUUUGUUCGUUCGGGACCAUUGAGUUCAUUCGAGUAUUGACUCAAAAGAAUUGUGCCUUUGUGAAUUUCGAAACAGUUAAGAGUGCAAGUACUGCUCGUGAUGCUCUCCUGCAACACGAAUUGAGCGUAAAAGAGCUUUGGGGUAUUCGAUUAGGUUUUGCCAAGGUGCCUUUAAGUAGUAGCAGCACAAAGACAAAACCAUCUGUUUCUUACGUUGACACCUCGCUUGAAGAUGAAAAUAUCAAUCAAGAGAUAUGGAUCAUGAUGAAGGAAUUAGGAGCUAAUGAGAAUGCAAAAAGCAUUGUUAAAGCCUUUCAAUCGUUCUCAUAUCAUGAAUCGAUCCCUUCUGUGCCUGAAUUUGGAUUGAAAAGGAAACAUGAUACAGUCAAGCUGAGAGAAAUAAGAAAAAAACUAGACACGUUUACGACAAAAGAAGACACUAAAUACGCUGAUGCGAUUGCUUUAGAUUGUAUGAACGAAAUUGCAGAAAUAUGCAGUGAUUACAUUGGAAAUACUGUUGUUCAAAGGCUGUUUGAAAAGUGUUCCGAGAAUUUAAAGACCAUCAUGCUUGAGACAAUAGCGCCACAUUUGGCUGCUUUGGGUGUUCACAAAAAUGGCACUUGGGCAGCACAAAAAAUCAUUGAUUCCUUAACAACGCCAAAGCAGUUUCAAAUGGUAUUUUCUCAUAUUCAACCUUAUGUACCGCCUUUGUUACUCGAUCAAUUUGGAAACUAUGUGGUUCAGUGUUGUCUGAGACUUGAAGGAGAUACUCAAUUCAUUGUCAAUGCUAUGGUUGAAAAAUGUUUUCAUAUUGCUCAAGGAAGAUUUGGUGCAAGAGCUAUUCGAGGUAUUCUUGAGGGCGAUUUGAUGAACCCUUUUCAAAAGAUAUUCGUUUCUGCUGCUUUAUUACAAAAUGCAGUGUUACUUGCUACACACUCUAAUGGAGCCCUUUUAAUAUCUUGGUUUAUGGAUUGUCGGUUGAUGGAGAAUAGACAUAAAUUGCUGGCAUCACAGCUCUCAUUUAAUUUAGCCCAAGUAGCAACUCACAAACUUGGUUCCCAAAUAUUACUCAGGUUGGUAAACCAGAACAUAGAGAUUAAAGCCAAGCAAUACAUCUUAAAUGAGUUACAUAAUCAAGAGACUCUGAAAGAGAUUGUAUCAGACCAUACGCGCGGCUUGAGCUUUGUACUUAAGGUGUUGUCGAGUGAAUAUACAACAGUAGAAGAGAAAGCAGAUCUGAAAGCAGCAGUGUGUCCCAUAUUAAAGCAACUUCAAGGUGCUGAAUUUAGAAAAGCAUUGGUUGAAAUCAGUGCUUUAAAAUCGGUGAAGACAGUUCAAUGAUAUGCUUCUCUUUUUCUCCUUUUUUUAAUUUGGCCGCAUAGACAUUCUCCUUUGUAUUUCCCUAUUGAAAGAGUGACGUUAUUUGGAUCACAAAAAUAAAUGCCUCCUACCAUCCUUUUAAAGUGUAGUCUCCACUGCUUAAACGCAGAUGUGAACCGUGGAUAGGUAGACGACGCUGCUUAUGCUUUCUCUUUUUUUUUCUGAUACAUAUAAACUUCAAUGCACAGUCAGUUAAGAAAAAAGUGACAUUUUAGAUUGUAAUCCUCAUUCGCUUUGCUUCUACCUAACC